AUGGAUUGGGCACCAGUCAUUGACCCUUUCAUCAAUGCUGACUAUCUGGACGAUUUCGUGUACGGCAAAUCGCGAACAGAGGACUCCGCCCCUCUGACAGUUCUGAGGUACCAAGGCAGCAAAUUCGAACCCAUUCUGCUCGAGACAGAAAGUGAUUGGAAAAAGUGGCUCCAGGAGAGCAACAUCUUCACCAGCAGCGACCAAGUCUCUGGAUUCCAUGUCCUACUGUCGCCUCGCAUCGAACCCUUACAAAUACCCGGCUGCCCCCCGGUGCCAUUCCCACACUACCAUCUCCCCUUCUCUAGGGAUUGGUGGGAUACGAUCACGAAAACGUUUAAAUUGCAUAGGGCAAUCAUUCACUCGACGACGUACAACAAGUGCCACUCUACGCUGCUACGAUACAGGGACAAUGGCACAAAUCAGGACUUGGAGCUGCACACUGCCGUGGCCGCCGCAUACCACCGGCCGGGAAGCUUCUCGCUCUCAUGCACCUACUUCGAGGAUUCCAAGCUCUCAUUGGCAGUGCUAUACGGUUGCGACUUCAGGCAGACGAUGCGGGUCACCGAACUUCUCGAGACCUCUCCUGAAGUGGCCUCCCAUCCGUGGCUCAUGGUCGGCGUCUUCGCCGAACUCCAGCUCAACCGAAUGCAGGAUCUAGUGCGCAUCGUCCACGAGCUGUGUGAUCCGAGCAGAAACGGCAUACUACUCGACUUGAAGGAAUCCAGGCGUGCGGUGUGGCAGAGAUACGAAGACCUGCUCGACAGUAUCCUGAAGGCCAAGGAGGUUGAAGAGGAGGUGCAGGUCACUAGAGCUCAGCUAAAGGAGAUGGCGGACAGGUUUGCCAAGAAGAAAGACCGGACGGAGAAAAGGCGAGAAGAGCAAAAACGAUGGGAGCAAUGGGCAAACAAAGACGCCGCAUCUUCUUUUCCCCUGGAGGACAACGAUCUCCAGGAUGAUCACUUGGAGGCCGCCGACAGAUUCAUAAACAGAUUCAGGGAUAUUGACAUGGAGCUAAACAGCCUGAUGACUCAAUGCCGUGUGGCUGCAGAGAGGCAAACGCAGGCGGGGCAAAUGUUCAUGUCGGAGAUUUCCAGACGUGAAGCUGCCGCGAGCAGGGUCCAGGCCAAACAGAGCACUUUUCUGGCUACCAUUGCAACCCUCUACCUCCCCAUCACAAGCGUGGCAACUAUCUUCGCCGUCCCUGCCUUCAAGUUCGAGAACUGGUGGGUCGACACCUCGUUCCAACCGGUCAAUGGGGAGGCUACAAAGCCUGUGUUCUCGGGCUACGCCAUCAUCUACAUUGUGCUCUCAAUAUUCAUGACUGGCAUCACGUUCCUCGCCUACCUCUUCGCCAAGUGGCGCACGACUAGUGACGACGAUGGCGACGGUGCAGCGUUGGCGGAGGAGGGCCAAGGAAGACGGACGUCCAUGGACUCCUCCUCUGGGCCUGGAGCUUCGCGCGACAAUUCGGGGAAAAGCAGUGAGAAGGCCGAGGUUGAAUUGCUGGAUGCGGAUGGAGGGACAUAA